UCCGAACCAACAAGACUGAUUGUUGUAUCUCCUAGUUGAUCCACGUUUUUAAUUUUUGUUUUUUCAGUCAUUAUUCGUCUUUUUAACCAUUUUAAUCAUCGAUAUUUGUGCUCUGUUCUUCUUCGUCAUUAAUCUUAAAUCAGUGUCUCAUCCCAUCCCGCUUUUUAUCUGAUCAAUCUUCCGUCGCUUCACACGGUUGAAAACUAUGGUGAUAAAUUGCAGCGUGCUGCCCCCGUCAUGUCCGCCGACAUGUCCGCUCCAUCCGUGAGGAAGAAGAAGUCGUUUGCGCGGAGCUCCAAACCGAGCGUCAGGAUGUGUAUUCGGGAACAGAGGGAUAUCCUAACGAUGUCGUCUCCGGAGAUGUGCUGGCCGGUGCCGAUGCGAGCAAUCGGGGCUCAGAACCUCCUCACCAUGCCAGGAGGAGUUUCCACAUCAGGAUACCUUCACAAGAAGGGAGGCAGCCAGUUCAGCCUCAUGAAAUGGCCACUGCGGUACAUCAUCAUCCACAAGGGCUGUGUGUACUACUUUAAGAGCAGCACCUCUCCUGCACCCCAGGGGGCGUUCUCUCUCAACGGUUACAACAGAGUGAUGAGAGCAGCAGAGGAGACAACAUCCAGUAAUGUGUUUCCUUUUAAGAUCGUCCACUUCAGUAAAAAGCACAGGACGUGGUUUUUCUCUGCAGCCAGCGAGGACGAGAGGAGGAAAUGGAUGCGAUACCUGCGGAGGGAGAUAGAUCACUAUAACGACAGAAAAGAGUCCCACAUUCCAAGUGACUCGGAUUCAGAUGCCGACAGUUUCUAUGGGACGAUUGAGAGGCCCAUGGAAAUUAAACACCCCAUCGAUAAUGCAGAAGAUGAUUACGGUGAGGAUGAUGAUGACGACGAUGAGGAGGACUAUCUGAAGCCAGACAAUAACUGCUCAUCGACAUCUACAGGUCGACCCACAGGGCCACCUCCCUCUUACCCACCUCCCCCAGUCCCGGCAGCAAUCCAGCUCCGUCCAGACUCAAGUCCAGUUUUCCAUAAAGGCCCGCCUCCUCCCGUCCCGCCGCAACACCGAAUCCCAUCCAGCCCGCUUCCCAAAAAACCCCCACCCUCUGUUCCCCCACCAUCCAUACUGAAAGACCCAAACAAAGGCCCGGCUCCCCCUCUGCCCUUCGCACCCCACCUGCACAAAUCUUCCACCCCUCCACCUCCUCCUCCCCCCAACGCAAAAAGGACUUUUCAGAGCAGGGUGGCAUCCGUGGGGGGGGCCGGGAGCGACAGAAGAGACUGGAGGCCUCUGCCAGCUGUGUCGGUCCAAUCGCCCGCCACCCUGCCAAUCUGCGACCAAUUAGAAAGCAGGAUGGUCCUAAAUGGUCCCACUCACCAACCCUUAAAUGCUGCAGGGAGCAAAUCACUUGGCAACAGCCACCACAUGGUGAUAAGUAUCCCCCGCAGCAAGCCGGGUCUACCUUCCCAUGCAAAUAUUGCAGGGUCCAAUCUCAGACCUACGACAGCAGACUCCCUGUCGCCCAACCACAAGCCCCCCAGUCACCCACCACUCUCUCCUCUACUGGGAUUACAUAACAAGCCAGGGCUCUCCAAACCUCCUCCGCCAACAGUCAAACCCCCGCUGCCUGCAGCCAAGUACAAGCAGCCAGGAACCCCAAUUCAAAGAGCAUCUCCAGACGGCCAGAGCUUUCGAUCAUUGGGAGAGGAGACGCCCACAAAUUCCAGGAUGACACGAGACAAACACAGUGGAGGAAACGAGUCUGAUGACGACUACGAAAAUGUGCAGCUGCCAGAGUCUGUGUUCAUUGAUACGACUGAAACCAGCUUCGUAGAAAAGUUGUUUAAAGAGAGCCCCGACCCUCCACAGGAUGGACUGUACUGCAUCAGAAACUCAGGAACCAAAACAUCGAAGGUGCUGGUGGUGUGGGAUGUCAGUAUAGGCAAAGCUAGAAACUACCGACUUUUUGAAGAGGACCGCCGCGUUUUUCUGGACAAUGAAAUCACCUUCCCUUCUCUGCCUGCUGUGAUCGAACACUACUAUAGCCAUCCUCUUCCUCACCAUGGCUCGCUCUGCCUGCAGAAGCCCUACACAAAGACACUGAGCAGCUGACAGUCAACUCACAAAACACAACUGAAAUCAAAGAACGAACAGUCGCUGCAAGUAAGGUCCACUUUUAUUGACAGUGCAUGGGGAUAAACUCACCCACGUGGAUGAAAUAACUGUGAGAGGAGAUCGUUUCUCGCAAUGUUCAGUGGAAAACAGAUCAUUUUUCACCCGUUUUGCACCAGAAUGCACCAAAAAGCUUCAUAUAAAGAGCAAGUACAGCAACUUUUUGACUGUGAGGACACCAGGUAUUAUUAGGACAAAAAAACAUAAGCAAUCAACAGUUAAUGUAACAUUAUUUAACUCACUUAAAGUCAAACUACACUUUUAUUUAACACAUCAAGGCAAACCUGGAUCAACAUCAUGGUUCUUGUGCUGCGUUUAGUAGCUGUUCACAAGUCUUUAGACCUUUGAACACUGACAAAAUCGGUUCAAUUUCUUUCUAAAACAUUGAGAUAAAAGCAAUACGAAACUUCUCAAGAAAUGUGUCACAAAUUGCAAGAAAUUAGUAGAUUUUGGAAAUAUAUUAAAGCU